AGACCAGAAAGCUGGCGGGCACUAUGGGGAAGAAACAAAACAAGAAGAAAGUGGAGGAGGUGCUAGAAGAGGAGGAAGAGGAAUAUGUGGUGGAAAAAGUUCUUGACCGUCGAGUGGUAAAGGGCAAAGUGGAGUACCUCCUAAAGUGGAAGGGGUUCUCAGAUGAGGAUAACACGUGGGAGCCAGAAGAGAACCUGGAUUGCCCUGAUCUCAUUGCUGAAUUUCUACAGUCACAGAAAACAGCACAUGAGACAGAUAAAUCAGAGGGAGGCAAGCGCAAAGCUGACUCUGAUUCUGAAGAUAAGGGAGAAGAGAGCAAACCAAAGAAGAAGAAAGAAGAGUCAGAAAAGCCACGAGGCUUUGCCCGGGGUUUGGAGCCAGAGCGGAUUAUUGGAGCUACAGACUCCAGUGGAGAACUCAUGUUCCUGAUGAAAUGGAAAAAUUCUGAUGAGGCUGACCUAGUCCCUGCCAAGGAAGCCAAUGUCAAGUGCCCACAGGUGGUCAUAUCCUUCUAUGAGGAAAGGCUGACGUGGCAUUCUUACCCCUCGGAGGAUGAUGACAAAAAAGAUGACAAGAAUUAA